AUGCCGCACAAAGUCAACGACUCCAACUCAACGUUGGCCAGCAGAGGCAGCGGCGACCAAGUGGUAGCCACGGAAGUCCGGAAUCUGAGUACGUCAAGGGCCCCUGUCUCCGAUCUCCCAGAUCCCAAGCUAAUGCAGACCCCAGCAGCCAAUCCCGUCCGCAAACCCCCGGUCAUCGUCCACAACAAGGGUGGCCAGAUCUACGACGAGACACGGCCAUCAGACUGGGACAAGCAACGGUGGAAAUAG